AUGACGAACAAUAUCGACAUCCACUAUGCCUCUGAGUCUGAAUCGGCCGCCCUGGGUCAUAUUAAUAUAGCCAGUUUUAGACACGGGCUAGUGUGGCUAAAUGCUUUGCCGGGGAUGGAUCCUGAGGUCUGUAUGCCGAUGAAACAGGCUCGCUGUCUUGAGAAGCUCGCCUCCCCUGAUAUUCAUGUCUUCUCCGCGGUGGAUACCAGUGUCGAUCGGGUAGUGGGGUAUGCCCGUUGGACAGUCCCCUGGGAGGAAAAUAAAGUCGAGUUAUCCGAAGAGGGCCGGACGAUGGUGGCAAAUGCAGCAAGUUUAAGACCAAAGGAGAUGAGAGCAGACAUCUGGGAACUGAGCUUAAAGUUGAUGAAAGAGAAAAAGGCGGUUCACACCACGAAAGACGAUAUGAUGCUGGAUAUACUAGCCGUUUUGCCCGAAUACCAAGGAAAAGGGAUCGGCAGCAAACUGCUCCAGUGGGGAACUGAACAGGCUGAUGCGCGGAAUGCGCGAAUCUAUCUGGAGGCUACUAUCGAGGGAUACCCGCUCUACCGCAAGUACGGGUGGCACGAAGUGGACAGAAUUGAGAUCGAUUAUGCGCAAUACGGUGGCACAGGACAGAUAACAUUCAUAAUUAUGAUGCGAGACCCUCAGAGUUCAGCCGUGGCGCCGAACUGA